CGGAGUUUGCCGUGGGGUUCAUCUUCCAGCUACACUUGUGCUGCUGUUUGCCUCUUCCAAGUUUGCAAAGAUAACAGAAGCAGUAGAGUUCGAUCCUUCCCGUUGUGAUAUGGAACCGUCCGUUAUCCCGUGACGUCCCGUUGUCCGGAAGCGGGAAGUCAAGAUCGGUAAACUCCUUCCCCUCUCCAUCGCCAUCGCCAUCACCAUCGCCGAACUCAGAAGGCAGGCAGCCAGGCAGAGUCACGACUACCUACGAUGUCGGGGGGUUCUUCAGCUCCCGCCCCGUUUGGGUCGCCGUGGCCGUUCACGGAACCUCCGAAGCCAUUCCCGUGCGCAUCCGGAUCCUUUCGUUCUCGGUCUCGGUUUGGAAAGAAAAGAAAAAGAAAAGGACGUCAUUUGCAUUCCAGUGCCUCUCGACCGCUCUUUACGAAGAUUCGUUUUCGGCCAGAUCUCGUCCUCCACGUAGUACAGAAACGUCCGCAUGCGCCUCGUUCUCUCUCCGCCCCCGGGUCCCGACGAGCUGGGAGGAAUACGCGAGCUGGGAGGCGAUCCGGGUUUCCUGGUUCGCGGGGGGGGGGCCAAAGUUGCAGUGUGGGCAGCUGAAAAUGCAGAGUUUUUUACUCUUCUGCUUUAACUCUAUGCGUGGAAGAAGCUUAAACCGAGUUUGGUUUUCCCAGUCCAGAGUGUCGGGUAUGGGCGUGUACGAAGUAGAGUUGUUGAUCAGCUUUCGUUGGUGGUGACGAGGCAAAAACACCAAAGGGAGGUUAUCGUCAGGCAGAGCCGCAACUGGCAAAUUCCGCCUGCUGUAGCUGUAGCUCCGAGGUAGUAUUUCCAUACCUUACCCAGCUGAAAGCCACUUCUCUGAGAGACAAGAGAUAUUACCAUGUCUCUUGAUGUGCAUUCCUGUUGCUGUAGACAACCCUGCAACAUCUUCAUCACGAUCUUGUCCCGAGUGCCUGAUGAUCAAAGUAGAUUGAUGUCUGAGACAUGAUACUCGUACUGCGACCAAAUGCAUUUCUUGAUCUCCCUCCAUUCUUCAAUGUCUCAAAGAAUCGUCUCGUUCCGUCGGGACGGUCCAUGGCGGUUUUGAUCCACCGCAAUCUCGUGGUUUGGCAUGUACAGAUAGCUUCAUCUCUUGAACCCCCUUUUUUAUGUCUCUGAUUGUGUUUUUCGAGGCCACCCGCAUUCCUUUGCGUGCAUGCAUUUCAAGAAUGGAUGUUUGUUUUUACAUUGGCAUUUCAGCGACAUACCUGUUGCUUUCUACUGCAUCAGUUCAUGAUGGAUUACGGAGAUUUAGUUCAUGUCUGAGUCAAAUGCCGCACAAUCUGCCUGCCCUUUUGAUUAUCACAAUCCUUUCGCUGUAGACAAACAGACCCAUCAUUGACUCUGAAACUUCGACACGACUUGAGACACAGAAACCUUAUCAACAUCAACUCGGCGAAUACUUUUUUCAAGGCGGCAUUCCCCAGCUUUUAGGGGAGUUUCUUUAGGGUGCCAUAAACCCUAUGACGGCAAACUCUACAGAAAUAGCC